AUGGAAAUCUUUGGAAAAACAUUCUUCAUGCUCUUAUUACUUUCUUCAUUUUUCUCUAUAGUCUCAUCAAGAAAAGUACCUUCCACAAAAAACAUUGAUUGGUGGUGCAACCAAACACCACAUCCUAAACCAUGCAAACACUACACAACUCAAAUGAACCAUCAUUUCAAAAUCAAACAUAGAGUUGAAUUCAGAAGAAUGCUUGUUCAACUAGCCUUAGAACAAUCUCUUUUCAUGCAAAAAGAAUCACAACUAAACUCGUCGGUGGAUCAUAAAAUUGUUCAUGUUGAUUGUUUGAAGUUGUUUGAAAACACAAUCUUUCAUCUCAAUCGUACACUUGAAGGAUUAAACAAUGCAAACAAAAUAUGUUCACCAAAUGAUGCACAAACAUGGCUCACAACUUCUCUCACAAACAUUGAAACAUGUAAAAAUGGAGCUUUAGAACUCAAUGCUCAAGAUUUCAAUUUCAUUGUUCAUAACAAUGUCAUUGAGAUGAUAAGGGACACCUUAGCCAUCAAUAUGUAUUUCUUGAAACACAAGAAAGAAACCGGAGAAAGGUCAUUUCCAAGUUGGUUUUCAAAGCAUGAGAGGAAGCUUUUGCAAUCUAAAUCUUCACUAAAGUUCAAUCUUGUAGUAGCAAAAGAUGGUUCGGGACAUUUUAAGACCGUGCAAGCUGCAUUAGAUACUGCUGCUAAGAGAAAAUAUAAGACAAGGUUUGUGAUACAUGUGAAGAAAGGUGUUUAUAUAGAAAAUAUUGAGGUUGAUGUUCAUAAUGAUAACAUUAUGUUGGUUGGUGAUGGAAAGCAAAAUACCAUAAUAACAAGUUCAAGAAGUGUUCAAGGAGGUUUUACUACUUAUAGCUCAGCAACAGCUGGUAUUGAUGGACUUCACUUUAUUGCGCGUGAUAUAACCUUCCAAAAUACCGCUGGUCCACACAAGGGUCAAGCAGUAGCGCUACGAUCAGCCUCAGAUCUCUCUGUCUUUUACCGUUGUGCCAUAUUAGGUUAUCAAGACACUCUCAUGACUCAUGCACAACGUCAAUUUUACAGACAAUGUUAUAUCUACGGCACCGUAGACUUCAUCUUUGGCAAUGCCGCUGUGGUAUUCCAAAAUUGUAACAUUUUCGCGAGAAAACCAUUAGAUGGUCAAGCUAACAUGAUCACGGCCCAAGGUCGAGGCGAUCCAUUCCAAAAUACUGGAAUUUCAUUCCACAAUUGUCAAAUUAGGGCUGCAUCGGAUCUAAAGCCCGUUGUAGACAAAUACAAAACAUACUUGGGUCGGCCUUGGCAACAAUACUCAAGAGUUAUGGUGAUGAAAUCUUUUAUCGACACUUUAGUGAGUCCAUUGGGUUGGUCUCCAUGGGGUGAUACUAAUUUUGCUCAAGAUACUUUGUAUUAUGGAGAGUAUGAAAACUAUGGGCCUGGUUCAUCAACAAAAGAAAGAGUGAAAUGGCCAGGCUAUCAUGUGAUUACAAGCCAAAAUGAAGCCUCAAAGUUUACUGUAACUGAGCUUCUUGCAGGCCCAUCAUGGUUGGCUACUACUGCCGUGCCAUUUACAUCUGGUCUUUGA